AUGGGGUGUAAAGGUUGUGUUUAUGGUAGUAAAUCAAAUAAUCCGGUGAUCACAUAUGAACAAUUAUACACGACAAUUAAAAAAGAUUUAAUUGAUAUGAGAAGCAUGCCUGAUGAUGAAUUACAAUGGAUCCUUCAUGCAAAGGAUCAUUUCACAAAAUUUUCAUGGGCUUAUCCACUUAAGACAAAAGAAGCUCAGCCUGUAGCAGAAAAGCUACUUCAGCAAUUCUACACAUUCGGACCUCCACGAAUCUUACAGUCCGACAAUGGAAAAGAGUUCGUAGCACGAGUUAUCAAAGAUUUGAAAAAUACUUGGUCAGAUUUGGUUAUAAUUAAUGGUAGUCCUCAAACACAAGGCUUAGUGGAACGCGGAAAUCAAACGUUAGAAGCAGCAUUAGGAAAAUGGAUGCAGUCAACAAGAUUAGCACCAGUUGUGUACGCGAUUAAUGCCAGUGAAGCACAGUCCAUUAGUAAAACACCUUAUGAGGUUGUUUUCGGACAAAAACCUCGUUCUGAUUUCGAAAUGUGGAAGCUAUUGAGUGAAACUGGUAUUGACGAUGAGGAAAAACUGCCAGUAGAAUUUAUUGAUGCUUUGAAUGAGGUUGCUUGUGGUGAAAGUGAUCUUGUUUCUCAACCCACUCAACGUGCUAAAGAAGUGACCACAGCUGUUCCAAGUGUAUUUGACGCAAUACAAUUAACUAGUACUACUAUCUCACCAACUACAACAACUGAUUUUGAACGAUCACACUCACCAUUAUCACUAAAUUUGAUUUGCCAUAAAGGGAACGAUAGAGAAUCAGAUGAAGUUGCUAAAUGUUGUAAUGCAAUGAAUCAUGAAGAAGUUUCAUGUUUUCCUUCAACUUUAUUUUCAACUGACAAUACAAAUAGUAAUAGUGGUGAUAAUAAUAGUUCAACACCGGAUAGACAUAAACGGAUCCGAGAUGAAGCUGAAGAAGCUUAUAUGAAAACAAUCGCUAAAAGACAAAGAUUAUAUGAUGAUGCUCAAAAAUUACGACAAUACCAAAUUGGAGAUUUGGCUGGCUUAAAAAUUCAUGAAGUUGAUAGAACUAACACAACACCGAAACUUUUACCAUGUAAAGUCAUUUCAAUACAAUCAUCAUCUGAUAAUAUGCAUACCUAUCGUCUUUGUACAACAAAAUGUGUUCUAUCUUCAAGAUAUGGUGUUAAUGAUCUCAAAGACUUAACAUAA